GUUCUCUGCGGGUGACGUGGUGAUGAUGUAUCCGUGCAACGCUCCAGAAGACGUUCAGCAAUUCUGUGAACUGCUGAGGUUAGAUCCAAGGGCCACGUUCUCUCUAAGGGCCACAGGCAGCACUGCAGUCCCGCCCCGCCUCCCUCAGCCCUGCUCUGUGCGCCACCUGGUGGAGAAACACCUGGACGUGGCGGCCGUGCCUCGACGCUCCUUCUUUGAACUGCUUUCUACCUUCGCCACCAACGAGGUGGAGAAGGAGAAGCUGCUGGAGUUCAGCUCGGCUGCCGGCCAGGACGAGCUGCACUCGUACUGCAACCGGCCGAGACGCAGCGCUCUGGAG